AUGAUCUCAUCAACCUCUCCUAAUAAUAGUCUCUCCUCGAGUGGGUGUUCUAGUAGUAAUAACAACAACAACAACAACAAUACCACCACAGGUACUACUACUACUACGAGUAUUGCAACUUCUCCCAUAAAACCCAGUCCUUCCUCCAAGAAGAUCAUGAUGAAACCGACAUCGACCUCGAUCGCCAACAACAACACCAACACAACAACUCCUCCGCCUCCUCCUUCUCCAUGCCUAAUGAACCAAUUUCCAACCUCAUUGGGAUCAAGUCCUCUCAAUACUCUCCAUUCUUCUCCUUUCAAACCACCUCAACAACCACCCAUUCCUCAUCAUCAUCAACCGUUUUUUCCAUUCCAUAUGCCAACGAUUCAACCAUUCCCAGGAAAUACUCGGAACGGUACUAGCACAACGACAACAGUAACUACUACUACUCCUUUACUUCCUCCAAAUCCAAUGAUGGGAAUUUAUCCUUCUUCAUUCAUGAUGACAACACCUCCAAAUCAAGGUCCGAUGAUGUUAGGGCAUUACCCAUCUCCAAUGCAUCAUCAUCAUCAUCAUCAUCACAGUCAUUCAUUUACUUCUCCAAUCAUGACUCUUCCUCAAGGCAUACCACUAACAAGCGGUUCUGGAACUUUACAAGAUAAUGGAAACAAUGUGUUAACAACAACAAACACAACUACAGCAAGUAUGACGGCCACCACAACAUCACCUCCACUUGUCACGUCUAGUCAUCAUACUUCAUCACCACAAGCAACUGUUUCUACCGCUGCCACAUCAAAAAAGACAAAAUCUUCAACAACAAGAAAAAAGAAAAAAUCCUCCUCUGAGAAAACAACCUCUCCCAAAAAAUCGAGUCCACCAAAACGCAAAAUACCCUACACAAGUCAAUCCAUUCAUGCUCAUAUAAUUUCAUACUUGUUUGAAAUUGGACUUUCAGAUAGUGCAAAAACAUUGCAAAAUGACCUCAAUAAUCCUCAGCUCUUGAAUGUGACUUCUACAUCUAUGAAGAGUUUUGUCAGCAAUCUCACUAAUGAAUUAGAAAAACUUUCCCUGUCUUCACCUCCUCCAAAGAAAAAUGUCACAAACUCGACUCCUAUCAGUACUGUUACGAAGGAUGCCAGUUCAGAAACAACAUGCUCACAACCCCUCGUAGCAGCAUCAACAGCAGGCACUACCACUGCAACAGCAACCAACGUUCCUCAGCCACCUCUCUCAACCCCAUUCGCACAACCUUCUCUCAAAAUCUCUUCACAAAGUAUAACAACCAACCAUACUAAUGAAUUUAACGAUAUUACUUUAAAAUUGAAUGAUAAUUCUAGUAACAACAACAGUAUUAGUAGCACCCAACAAAAUUAUGAAGCUAGCCAAUUUUUGACCAUUCUCCAACAAAGUAUUACAAAGCAGCCUCAGCAAGGUCACACGCAUGAUGGUAUUGCAACAUAUGUCGAUGAGAGAUUGAAUAAUCUAGAGCAGGCUCUAUCCAUCAAAGAGAAUAAGGGAGAGAUAUUUUCAAGAUUAAGGCAAGUGGAAGAACGAGUUUUAAAAAUUGAGGAACAUCAAAACAUCAUGAAUGGCUCCUCUUCGAAGGAAGAUUCUCAAAUUCACAAUUCUGUCCAUGAAAAUACUUCAUCAUCACGUCUCGACACCAUACUAUCCAUGAAUCAAGAAGAAGAAUCACUUCAAGAAUUCAUGAAUGAGAAUGAUAUUGACUUCUUCUUAGAUAUAGACAAUGAUCCUCCUAACUGGCUAUCGAAUGUUCCCUUUGAAGAAGGCGAUUUGUUUGAAUAA